AUCACGUCUUUUGAUAGCCUCUCAAGACAACCCGACGAUUUUACUCAUCAUAACUUGCUUCCUCAUUGCAGACGCAUGGGAGAUCAUUUGUUGAUACCAAAUGCUAAGUCUAGCUGAAUAACAAAGGGCAUCACAUUUUGGAGGUCACGAGGGGCUCAAGGAUGUGUUGAUUGUCGAUAUCGAGGAAGAUGGAAUCGACGCACCCCACGGCAGGCUGGGAGAAGGUGGGCGAUCGGUUCUACCGAAAGACACAGCUAUACACCGCUGUCUUCGACCUCGACUUGUAUCUUGACAAUUUCUUUGUUGCUGGGGCUCUCUAUGGCGGGGCUGUCGCACUGUAUCGUGACGAGACCAAGAUAUUGGCCUACCGCACGGGCAAGUCAUCCAAGCCCAGUAUAGACAUCUACAGUUGCGCCGGAAAGCCUAUCAAGACCAUUCCCUGGGAGCAUGGAUCCAUCAAGGGUCUUGGCUGGUCGGAGGAUGAAAAGCUGCUAGUCGUCACCAGAGACGGCGUCGUGCGGUGCUAUUACGACUUGCAGGGCGACUUCACCCAAUUCUCUUUGGGCCAUGGAGCUGAGGAGCUCGGUGUCCAAUCUUGCAGAUUUUAUGAUUCUGGUUUUAUAGCUUUGCUGUCCAACAAUACCCUCAUUUCUGUCUCGUCUUAUGAUGAGCCACGGCCCAAACUGCUGGCCUCUCCACCCGGGGGCCAAGUGCACUCGUGGACCAUCAUCCCACCCAGAUUCACCCUCUCGCGCUCAGUCGAGGCGCUGCUCAGCAUCGGUCAGACCAUAUACUUGGUCGACUCAACAGAUGUCGAGGAUCGCUUCCUGGAUAUAGGACCUUUCACCCACAUCAGCGUGUCUCCGAACGGGAGAUUCGCUGCACUGUACACGGAGACAGGAAGGGCGCAUGUCAUCACGAGUGACUUCCAGAAUCGCUUGAGCGAAUAUGAGUCCAAGUCUAGAAUAUCCCCCAAGUACCUACAGUGGUGCGGCAACGACGGUGUCGUCAUUGCAUGGGAAGAUGAGGUCCACGUCGUGGGACCAGCAGGUGCCGCAACCAAAUUCUUGUACGACGGCAGAGUCCACAUCAUCCAAGACCAUGAUGGUGUACGCAUCCUCACAAAUGAGGCAUGCGAUUUCCUCCAGAAAGUGCCAGAAGUCACAGACGAGGUCUUUAGAUUCGGCACCGAAUCUGCGGCGUCCAUCUUGUUAGAUGCUGUCGCCCAGCUCGAGAUACAGUCCCCGAAGGCUGAUGACAAUAUUCAACUGAUCCGGUCUAACCUGGUCGAGGCAGUCGACACUUGUGUCAAUGCUGCUGGACAGGAAUUCAGCAUUCAUUGGCAGAAACAGCUGCUCAAAGCCGCAUCAUUUGGCAAGUCAGUUCUCGACAUCUACAACAGCGACGACUUUGUCGAUAUGUGUGAGACACUGCGUGUUUUGAAUGCAGUCCGCUUUUAUGAGGUUGGCAUACCACUUUCGUACGAUCAGUACCAGCGUCUUGGCCCUGAAGGGCUCAUCGCUCGUCUGUUGAACCGCCACGAAUAUCUCCUCGCCCUUCGGAUUGCAGGAUAUCUUCGUCUGCCUUCAGACAAGAUAUAUAUUCACUGGGCAUCCGCCAAGGUUCGGGCAGGCUCUGAGGAUGACGACUCGGUAUGUCGUCUCAUUGUCGAUAAGCUCUCUGGCAGACCUGGGAUUUCUUUCGAGUCCAUCGCACGAGCCGCCUACGACGAAGGCCGGGGCCGCCUAGCCACUGAGCUGCUCAACCACGAACCCAGGGCCGGCCGUCAGGUUCCUCUCCUCCUCAGCAUGGAAGAGGACGAGGUUGCUCUCGACAAGGCAAUCGAGAGUGGCGACACUGACCUCGUCUAUUUCGUCCUCCACACUCUGCGGCGUAAGCUACCCCUAGCCGCUUUCUUCCGCUCUAUCAACAGCCGCCCUGUAGCCACCGCCCUCGUCGAAUCCUCUGCUCUCCGCGAAGACGACAGGACCCUUCUCAAGGACCUCUACUACCAAGACGACAGGCGUCUCGACGGAGCAUCCGUGUUCAUCCGCGAGUCGCUAGCUCAGCCGGACAGCCGUACAGCGACGGACAAGAUGGCGUUGGCCGCCAAGCUGCUGAGCGAUAAUAGCAAGGAGAGCGCGUUCGAGUUAGGCGCGCUAAAGGAAGCGGCCACGCUCUUGCGGAUGCAGGAAGCCUUUGAUCGAGACCUGACGGAUAGCUUUACAGGACUGAGUGUGAAUGACACGAUGUUCAAGCUGAUCCGGCUGGGUUAUGACAAAAGGGCGAGGAGGAUACAGAGUGAGUUUAAGGUGCCGGAGAAGGUAGCUUGGUGGAUCCGGCUUCGAGCUCUCGUGGCCAAGCGCGACUGGAAUGAAAUCGAGGAGACAUCCAAACAGAGAAAGAGCCCCAUCGGAUGGGAGCCAUUUUACAAUCUCACUCUACAAGCGGGCAAUCCACGCCUAGCUUCCGUCUUCAUCUCGAAGUGCACGCAUCUCGAGCCUGGGCAAGCCCUCACCAUGUACGAGAAGUGCGGCAUGCGCGUCAAGGCCGCAGAGGAAGCCGUCAAGAUGAAGGAUGCGGAGGUAUGGCAGAGGCUGCUGGAGGCCGUCGGGAGGAACACCUCAGAGGGAAGGGAGAUCGAAAGGAUGGGUCACGCGGUAUUCAAGAAGUGAGGUGUCUCGAGCUGCGGAAAUCCAAGAUUUAUAGCAUUCACCAAUUCAUGUUUGGCGCCACACCCAAAAAUGUGAUGACAUAGGAAUAGGCAUAGAGGUUGCCUUGUCUUGAAAGCUGU